GUGAAAAGGCCGUGUAGAAAUUCCGUCCAAACUCCGACCUACUGUCAUCCAUAGAUGUUUACAUAUGUCCGCCUAAGCUAUGGAUGUCAAGCUGAAUGAAGUGCCUCACCGUCGUCAAAUAUGCAUGUGUCUUUUCUGUGGCUUACCUGCUGCAGGAAAGACGACUAUUGUGAAGGCACUUUCGAACCACACAACGCUGAUGGGUUGGAGGACGUGGUCGUUGCUUUACGAUGACUUGAUACCGCAGGAGGCUUUUAAUGAAGUCUGUAUGGAAACUAAGAGUCAGCCACAUCAAACGCAAACCAAAUGGAAACACCACAGACAAGCCAUUCUGUCCUGGCUGGCAAAGUUUUUGCAGAAUCCUUCACAAGACCCCAGUUCCUGCGGGAGUGACCAUGACGUAGUGCAUCAGCGAUGUAUGGCAUUGCAGAAGCAGCAUUUACCAACAACAUUGCAGGCUUCUUCACAUUCCCAGAAAAAAAUACUCUUUCUGCUCGAUGACAAUUUCUACUAUCAGAGCAUGAGAUUCGAAGUCUACCAGCUUGCAAGAAAGUAUGGUGUUGGGUUCUGUCAAGUUUAUCUUCAAUGUCCAACAGAACUGUGUGUCAGUCGGAACAGAACCAGGGCAGUACCAUUGUCUGAAGAAGUCAUACUGGAUAUGGUUAAACGCAUGGAACCACCAAAUCCUUUGAAGAAUUCAUGGGAACAAAACAGUUUAACACUUUCCAGCUGUGAAGAGUUUACAAAUCAUGAUCUUCAGAGCCUGACCACAUUGAUUUCUUCUGCCUUUGACAAUCCUUUGAGUCCUUUCCAAAAUGAUACUGAAAAGAGGGAGAUAGAUCGACAGAGCUGUGCUAAUAGUGUGGUACACCAAGCUGAUCAGGCCUGCAGGCGCUUAGUGUCCCAGGCCAUGCUGACUGCUAGAGAAAAGAGCAUCUCUUCAGAAAACCUGUCAUCAUUAGCCAAGGAAUUAAACAAGUCUAAGGCCAGAGUGCUCCAAGACCUGCGAAAGAAUGUUCACUGUAGCCCCUUUAUCAGUCCUGAUGACUCAAUAGAUAUUGAGAGAGCUGUGGGUCAUGCAGUGAUCUUAUUUCAUAGAGAGCUGGAAAAAAUCAUGUCAGCUGUGCAGCAAGUGAGAGAAUGAAAGGAGUCUGCUGUGAAGAAGUGCCGAUGGUGUGGGACAUUUGUCAUUACUGCUUUGAUGAUUUGUUGAAAUCAUCAAAUGUGAAAUUCAAUUCUCUCAAGAAAGACACUCAUGGCUACACUGCAAUGAAUUCUACUUAUUCUGUAUGUUUGUGGAUGUGCAUUUUUUACAGUUGACUCUGUAUUGAAUUUAUCCCGACCAUAUUGCUUGGCCAUUUUUUUUUUUUCAACUCAAAUCUGUAUAAAAUCCCAUAGAACCGCCUCCAAUGCAACUAAAUGAGCUUUAGGCCGAAGAUGUCUGAGCGUGGCUGGUGAUGACCUAUUGACUUAUGUGCGUUCAAUGGACGGGGCUUAUCAAUAUUUGUUUUGCCUACUAGAAUCCUGCAUAUUGUCAAUCUAUAUGGCAUUCAAUCUAUAUUUCAGUGUAUCAUUCAAUAAAUCUUUCAACCCUUCA